GUUUGUUUACGUGCUUGGAUUUUUAUCAUUUUUAUAUUAUUGGAUUGUGUUUUUUUACUCACAAAUUAGCUUUAUAGCAAAGACUUUUACGACUUUUACUUUAAAGUAAAAAUUCAGAACUUAAAAAUGGUUUUUAAAUGUUGUGUACCGGGCUGCAAAAAUUACCAAAAAGAUGCUCAAAUGCAUAUUUUUCCGAAAAAUCAAGAGCUGUAUAAUGUUUGGAUAAAAAGGAUUGGCCAUCCCAAUUUACAAGAAAUGCCAAUGGAGAAGGUCCGAAAAUCAUACCGUGUAUGUAAUGUCCAUUUUGGGCCAGAUGCACAAUACAUUGGACUAAUAAAUAAAUCCACCAUUAAAAAAGAUGCUAUUCCAUCUUUAUUUUUACCACCAACUAAUUUGUCAACAAAUGCAGGAGAAGAUUUUCUGAGAAUAAAUAUGGAAAUAGAAGAAUCUGCUGAGGUAGAUUUGCCCAUAGAAAAUAUGGAAGUAGAAGAAUCUAUUGAGGUAGAGGGAAAAUUGCAGAAUGUGACACCACUUCCUUCUACAUCUAGUGCUGCUAAUGUAUUAAGUUUAAAUAAGCGAAUAAACUUAUUGGCCUACACACAAGUCGGAAGGACAUCAGAACUUACCCCCAAAGCAAAAAAGCUGUACAGAAUAACGUCUAGUUUGAGAAAAUCAGCUAAACGAUUAAAUUUUAAGUGUUUAGAUCUAAGAGAAAAGCAAAGCCCAAAGGGUUAUAAGUUAUUUAAAAAAUUAUUUGCAGCUCCUUCAAGAAAGACCCUAACAAAUAUGUUAAGGAAAAUAUCUUUUAAUACUGGCAUAAAUCCAGUUAUUAUGGAAUCAUUAUCGCACAAGGAGAAGAAUAGUCUCUUUGGUGUUCUUAUUGGUGGUAAAGAGGUAGUUCCUUUAUAUGAUCCUCCACAUUUAUUAAAAGGUGUGAGAAAUAAUUUCUUUAAAUAUAAUUUAAAAUUCAAAUGGAGAAAGCCACAUUAUGAAGUUGCUAAAUGGGAUCAUAUAAAGAAACUCUUUGAAAUUGAGGGCACUGAAGAUGACGAUUAUAAAUUGUAUAACUACACCGAUGAAAUCCCCAUACAACGAGGAGUCAGACAAGGUUUCAUUUUAUUGCCUACAUUGUUCAAUGUUUACUCGGACCAGCUAUUUAAAAAGGCACUUAAGAGACAACCAUAUGGAAUAAAAAUCAACGGGGAACUACUUAAUGUGAUUAGAUAUGCAGACGAUACAGUAGAAGAGAAAAUAGGCAUUGAAAUAAACUCAAACAAAAUCAAAUUUUUAGUGUUUAGUCGUGACCCAAAUAUCGAUGCAAAGCUUCAAUUGAACGGAAUCCAAGUUGAGAAAGUUCACAAAAUGACAUAUUUGAGAACUGUGAUAACGGACCAACUAGAUCCAGACAGAAAUAAAACGUAG